UCUUACAGUUGUCAAAGUGCUUUUGCCAGAGCGGUCACAUAAUCAACCUGAAAGAAGAAAAUAAAUACUGUAUACUUUUAAAUUUUAUCGAUUCUUAAAAACUGGACACUCAAAGCUGCGCAAACCAUGCAGGAUGAUUUACUGAUGGACAAAAGCAAAACCCAGCCCCAGCCCCAGCAACAGCAGCGGCAGCAGCAGCAGCAGCAGCAGCAGCAGCAGCAGCAGCAGCAGCAGCAGCCCCAGUCUGAGUCCAGCAUAUCCGAAGCCCCGUCCACGCCCCUCUCCUCAGAGACCCCCAAGCCGGAGGAAAACAGCGCAGUGCCAGCCCUCAGCCCAGCCGCUGCCCCGCCGGCCCCCAACGGCCCGGACAAGAUGCAGAUGGAAUCACCGCUCCUGCCAGGCUUGAGUUUCCAUCAGCCCCCUCAGCAGCCGCCGCCGCCGCCUCAGGAGCCCGCGGCGCCGGGCGCGUCGCUGUCGCCGUCCUUCGGCAGCACCUGGUCCACGGGGACCACGAACGCGGUGGAGGACAGCUUCUUCCAGGGGAUCACCCCAGUCAACGGGACCAUGCUCUUCCAGAACUUCCCGCACCAUGUCAACCCAGUCUUUGGAGGCACUUUCUCCCCGCAGAUCGGCCUGGCGCAGACCCAGCACCACCAGCAGCCGCCGCCGCCGGCGCCUCAGCCGGCACAGCCAGCGCAGCCCCCGCAGGCGCAGCCCCCGCAGCAGCGCCGCUCACCCGCCAGCCCCAGCCAGGCGCCCUACGCGCAGAGGAGUGCCGCCGCGGCUUACGGCCACCAGCCCAUCAUGACCAGCAAGCCGUCCUCGUCUUCGGCGGUUGCAGCCGCUGCUGCAGCAGCCGCCGCCUCGUCGGCCUCCUCCAGCUGGAACACGCACCAAAGUGUGAACGCAGCUUGGAGCGCACCGUCUAAUCCCUGGGGCGGCCUGCAGGCGGGCCGGGACCCUCGCCGGGCGGUCGGUGUGGGCGUGGGUGUGGGUGUCGGGGUGCCUUCCCCGCUCAACCCCAUCUCGCCGCUCAAAAAGCCCUUCUCCAGCAACGUGAUCGCGCCGCCCAAGUUCCCUCGUGCGGCGCCGCUCACCUCCAAGUCCUGGAUGGAGGAUAACGCUUUCCGGACCGAUAAUGGUAACAAUCUGUUGCCAUUUCAGGACCGGAGUAGGCCCUAUGACACUUUUAACUUGCACUCGUUGGAGAACUCCUUAAUGGAUAUGAUAAGGACUGAUCAUGAGCCUCUGAAAGGUAAACACUACCCUCCCAGUGGCCCACCAAUGAGUUUCGCUGAUAUAAUGUGGAGGAAUCAUUUUGCAGGCCGCAUGGGGAUAAAUUUCCAUCAUCCAGGAACAGAUAAUAUUAUGGCACUUAACACCAGGAGCUAUGGGCGGAGACGAGGUCGAUCUUCUCUCUUUCCCUUUGAAGAUGCCUUCCUGGACGACAGCCACGGCGAUCAGGCCUUGUCAUCUGGCUUAAGUUCUCCCACUCGCUGUCAAAAUGGGGAACGAGUAGAACGCUACUCUAGAAAGGUGUUUGUUGGAGGCCUUCCUCCUGAUAUUGAUGAAGAUGAGAUCACUGCCAGCUUUCGCAGGUUUGGACCUCUCGUGGUAGACUGGCCUCACAAAGCUGAAAGCAAGUCAUAUUUUCCUCCUAAAGGCUAUGCCUUUCUGCUGUUCCAGGAGGAAAGCUCAGUACAAGCUUUGAUAGAUGCCUGCCUAGAAGAAGACGGGAAACUGUACCUGUGUGUGUCAAGCCCCACUAUCAAGGAUAAGCCAGUGCAAAUUCGACCAUGGAACCUAAGUGACAGUGACUUUGUAAUGGAUGGUUCUCAGCCUUUGGACCCCAGAAAAACUAUCUUUGUUGGGGGAGUUCCACGACCCCUUCGAGCUGUUGAGCUGGCAAUGAUUAUGGACCGUUUGUACGGUGGUGUCUGCUAUGCUGGCAUUGAUACAGACCCAGAGCUGAAGUACCCCAAAGGUGCUGGUCGCGUAGCAUUCUCCAAUCAGCAGAGUUACAUUGCAGCCAUCAGUGCUCGCUUUGUGCAGCUUCAGCACAAUGACAUUGACAAACGGGUCGAAGUAAAGCCAUAUGUGCUGGAUGAUCAGAUGUGUGAUGAGUGCCAGGGCACGCGCUGUGGUGGGAAGUUUGCCCCAUUCUUCUGUGCCAACGUCACCUGUCUGCAGUAUUACUGUGAAUACUGCUGGGCGAGCAUACAUUCCCGAGCCGGGCGGGAGUUCCACAAACCGCUGGUGAAGGAGGGAGGCGACCGCCCUCGGCACGUCCCGUUCCGCUGGAGCUGAGCCAUGGGCCGUCCCAGCCACAAGUACUGGAGUAGAUGACAAGGAGGGAAAAGAGAGGGCACUGCCUCAGGGCUUACAGUGUUCUGGAAAUCUGUGCAUUUGUUCUCGAUUUUUAAAGAAGAAUUGGGUCUUUUUAUUAUUAUUAUUAUUUACAGUCAUAUUACUGAACUCAGUGUCCAGUAUAAUGCAGAAUUGCAGAGUGUAGGACGGUACUGAUUUGCACUUUGAUUCACACCUUUGUCUGCUUGGUACCUUAAUUUUUUAUACCUGAUUUGUCACUUGUGACAGUAUGUAGACUGCCAUUCUCAUCAGCGGCCGUCAGGCUACUGUCUGUGAUUCUUCUGUUUGUUGUUGUGGUGGUGGUGUUCUGAUUGUUUUGAACUGGAGCAUGCACUUAUUUUCAGAAACUUAGAGAGUCGCCCCUAGGACAAGACUUACCAAAGGUAAUACUCGUGAGUAGGUGGCAGAUGUAGCAAAACUUCACAACAGUUCAGCAAUCAUUAGUUGGGGUCACUUAGAGUAAGGAUAACCCUUCAUGAAAAUAAGCCUUUAGUUGCUCUCUAUUUUGACUUGUAAGGAUACCUCAUGAGCUGGAUCUUUUAUUUUUCCUUCAUGUUUGAUUUUUGUUUUGCUGAGGAUUUUGGUUAGAUCCUUUAGUAUUAUGUAAAUUUAUGCUGCAAUAGCUUUUGCUGCUAUUAAAAUGGUAUUUUUAAUACCAUAAUACACUAUUCAGGCUAAGAUAUCAAUUAAAAGACACAAAAACCCAACAACACACUUUUGUGAUUUUAGGGAUAGAGUCAGCUGCCGAAAGGAGAUGAGAAUAGACUUCAGAAAGCUCCGGUGGAAGGUCACUAUUUCUGACUGCAUGUUUACUUAAUCAGGUUGCUGCAUGCAAUAAAUUUUAUAUCCAAUGUCUAGUAUAAAACGUUCCCACAAUGCACAAAUUAAGACUAUAUAAGCUAUAAAAUACUCAUUUUUUUUAAAAAAGGUUUUUUUCAUUCAAAGAAUUGGUAAUUGACCGGAGGAAGGCAUGCCUCAAUAAAUGGAAUGCUUCUGAAUGGGAAGAGCCCAUAACAGAAUGAUCUAUAUUACAACCAAUAGAAAACCUAGGUGUAGGAUAUUCUUCAAGCAAAUUUGUGGAUGGUAGAUGAAGUACUUUGCGGUGCUCUGUUAUAUAUUGUGCAAUUUAUUUUAUAUAGUAAAGUGAUUAUGUCUAACUGUGAUCAGACUUAACUGUCUAAAGCCUCUGUGUCAGACAUUAACGAACCUGACAGUUCCUAACUGGUAUAUUAUUAACUAACACAUGAGCUCUUAGUUACAAUCUCUUAGUGCUUGCACCAUUUUACAUAGCUUCAGACCUUGUCCAGAAAACCAAAGAGCUCAUCUUAGCUUACAAACACUAAGAAUAUAUACAGUAUAUAGAGAUAAGUUGUCAGAUUGACAAACUAGGCACAUUUUUAAGAAAGUUGUGUAAUGGUGAUGCUAAAGAAAUGUCUGUACAAGAGAAGAUGGCUUGGGCAGAGUUGGUUGUCUGGGUGAGAAACUAACUACUUAAUUCCCUGGAUUUAUCCUGUUAAGCUUGAAUAGAAUUAAGACCUGCUAGUACUAGCGUGGACAUUUUUUUAGCAUUCACUCUUGGGCUGCAGAUAGUAAUAUAGAAACACACACAAUGAUUGCAAGACUAUGUAAAUCUUUUUUUAAUCUUCUUCCUAUGUUUUGGAAUUCUGGGGACAAUCUGACUGGAUAUGACACUGCAGAAUAGAUUUCAGUCGCUGUGUUUUCUGUGCUGUGAUGUCCUUGUACUGUCUUAAGUUAGCGUUGCUUGUUUUUGUUUUGUUCUGUUCUCCCAUGUUUAGUUGCAAUUACUGGCUCUCAAGCUAUAGUUUGUUUUCAAAAAGGAAAAACAAAAUAGUUUUUUACUGGAUUAAAAAUGCUUAUUUUAGAAUCCUCCCCUUCUGAGGCUUUUUGGUAAUAAUUGCUUUUUUUCCAGCCCAGGUGUGGUUUUGUUUGUUUUUUUCUAUGUUUGUGGGUUUUUUUUUUUCAUCUGUACAAGAAAUUUUGUUAUGCACUACUACUUUUUGUAUUCUAGACAGUUUUCAAAAGUUGGCAGACUUUUUUUUUUUGUUUUUAAGGAAAAAGGCAUGCUUUCUGACUGACAUGAUCUUUUGCAAUACCUCAAUUUUGAAAUAUAGGAAAGAAAAUGAUAUUUUCUAAGUAAGUUUAUUCAGAAAAAUAUAUAUUAAUUUAAUUCUGCAAGAAAAUGAUUUAACAGAUGGGUAACUUUAUUUUUUUCAUGCUUAUUUGUGUUUUUUGAAAAUGAAGAAGUUAGAGCUUUAUAACUAUAAUAUUAAAGAUCAUAUCUAACCUACAGAAAUCUACCUAAUUAUGUGAAAGAAGCAAAACUUUUUGAAGAAGCACCCCUCUUUCAUGUAUUAAAAUAACAGAGAUUUUUUUAAAAGCUGGAAGAUUGUACAGCAUAAAGCUAAAGUGAAGGCAAAAAACCAUUGUCCUGAAGAAUAGGUUACAAAAAAUAAAUUCCAUUUGGUGCUGAAAGUUGUGACUAGAUGGUGGAAACUACUUUCCCUUAAUUUGUAUAUUUAUAAUCAAGCGUUGAUUGUGCACGACUGACCAGGAUUGUGAAAGAGUUCUUCUGUUUGUAUUUUUUUAAAGAGAACUUUUUUAGUUUAUUAAAUUAUAACAUGUUCCCUUUUGUUUUGUAAAUAAAUGUGCCCCCAAGUUGUUAAUGUUAUAUUAAAAGAGAGGGUCCUUCAAAAAAAUUAUUUUUUAAAACACAGAGGUGUUCUGACCUGCAACUUGACUGGGAAGCCCCUGGGUAACACAGGUCCUGCUGUGGCCUUUCCUUGGUGUGACACUUGAACUAGUCGAUUUUUUGAAGGCUAUAACCUAACCUCGACUAUUUGUUGUUAUGUGCAAUACUGUUUGUACUGUUUGUAUAAAAAAUAGAAAAAAAAAGAAAAGAAAAAAGGCAUAAAUCUUUAUUGCAGAUUUAUUUUCAUUGCAACUUUAGACAUUGUGAUUCACUGAAAUCAUUUUUCUACUGUCAAAUAUGUACCUUUUCUUCAUGCUGGUAUUUUUUCAAUAGUAAUGUAGCCUUUGUACUGAGACAAAUUUUCAUUGUUAUUUUUAGAAAGAUUUUUUGCUAAGAAAAAAAUUAAACAUAUUUACAUAUUUUUCAUUUUAUUUCGUAUUUUCUUUAAGGAGUGCUUUCUCAAUCAUUAAUAGAGUUGUUUCUGGGAGGGACUUUCAUAUCUGGUCAAUGUCAUAAUAUUAUUUUGUAUUUUUAUUGGAAUAAAUUAAUUUUAUGAUGCUAAUUCUUUAAAAGUUUAUUUUUUUCAUUUUCAGUUAUUUUUGAAGCUAAAACCUUUGUAAUAUUGUUACUAAAGUGUCUAGUUUUUUGAAAUGCAAAGCUUUAUGUAUUAACUUGCUGAUGUGGUUUACAAUAGUGUGACAACGAUGAAAAUGGUUGGUUAUGUAAAGUGAUUGGAAAUGUCAUGGAUAAUUGGGUAAUAAAAUGACAGAAUGAGCAGAACAUGUGAGAUUUUGAGAAGCCUUUUCCUUUAUCACAGUGGUUUAGUGUAAGACUAGGGAUGUCACAGUGCAGUUCUCUAGGGAUGUCACGGUGGAUUUAUACAACACCAGGUGCAGCCAAACCUGUGGCCCUGAGAAUGAAGUCACCCCAGCUGAAAUACCACCAGGUUUCAAAUCUGGCUAAGUCAACAGAGUGUGUCAUCGCUUUUCCCUUCUAACUCUUCAUUAUUUCGUGUGUGUGUGUGUGUGUGUGUGUGUGCACGUGUGCAUGCGCGAGCGAGAGAGAGACCUGCCACCAACUGCUGUCCUUGUGUGAGACAGUGCCUUUCUCCCAGGCCGAAUCCUUGAUGUGCACUGACAGUGGUGAUGUCUGAGUCAUAGGAAGUUGCAAAGAGGACACGGCCUUCGUGGUGUAGUGCAGCCCUCAGCUGCAGUGUCUCACACAUGCUCCUCCCUGUAAGGCUGUUGGUGGCCCUGAGGACGCACACUCGGAUGUCACCACUGUCUGUGGACCCUGUCUGUGUCAGGCUGCAUCUUCCUCCACACCCAUGCCUGCUUCCUCUUCCGGUGUCCCUUGUUUGCCUUUCAUUGUGGCAACUCCGUGCAUGAUCUGUCUGCCUUUCUGCUGCUGCUUUGCCAACACCCUCCUCACCUGGAAGCUGUGCUGUAAGGCAGUGUGUCAUUGCAAUAGCACCUACAGUCAAAGCAAAAACUACAACUGCAAAACUGGUGUUGCGUAAACAGAACAGCCAAUGACUUGCUCCAGAUAGAUGAUAAUGUUUCUACUAGUUCUUGACGGCCUCUUCCACCUCCAUUGCUAUGGAGGCGAGGUUAAUCAAUAACUCAGAGAAACUUGUGUCCAGAGUUGGUCUUGGGUACGCUCUGUGUAUUCAGUUUUGUAAAUAAUAUAUAGAUUAGAUCAAGUUGUGAUGUAAAAUUUUAACUCAAAUUGGGUACUACUGGUUGGAAUUUUACCUUAACUACAAAUAAAUGAUUAGGAACAGAAGAAAAGAAAUUGGAAAAUUCUUGCUUAGUGGUAUAAAGAUUAUGCUUAGAUUUCUGCCUCUAUCUUGUUUUUUAUAGCUUGUUAGUGAGGCAUGGGCUAAUGCAGAAUGUACUGCAUUUAUGCAAUUAGCAAAUAACGCUAGUUUUCAUUUUACCUAUUAUAUUAGCAACAAAAUGGCAUUUAACUGGGUAAAGCUCCUACCUAAAUAUCUGAGUAUUGUGACAUCUCUACUUGCAAGGUUUGAGUGAAAGAUUAGUCACAGAUUAGUGAAAAAAAUGUAUCUUUUUGUUAAAACUGGCUUAUUUGAAUGGAUUGUUGCUUUUCAUUAGCUUGUAUGGUAUGUCAGCUAACAUUUCUUUGUUUUUUUUUUUUCUUUUAUUACCAAACUUCUCUAUCUCAGCUGCAAUAGUGUUCCAUCUUACCACAGAGUAUUUUAUAAUUAAUGCUGUUGACUUUACUCUAUACCCCAAAAUGGGUCAAGAAGUGGAUAUAUGAUUCGGGGAUGUUUAAAUUUGUAUGAUGACAAAGUUAAUUGCAACAAGUAGAAAACUUGGGUGCUAAUACAGGAUAACUUCUGCUCUUUUUCUUUCCUGGAUAUUGUUCUGUUGGGGUAUAAAGUAUUAGAUAUUUGUAUUUUCGCUGUCAAAAUAAUGGACUUAACUUUUAGAGUGUUCACAGCUAAGAUCUCUGUAUUUGUUUUUCAACUAACAACUAAUUUUAAAUGUAUUGUAUCUUUUAUUACCUGUUCUCUUAGAUUGUUUUUUGCUAGUAACCCUUACUCAGCUUCUGCCUUUGGGGCUUGGACUACUAUUGCUUGUAUGGAACUACAGUACUGUGACUAAACAUGGAGCUCAGUGCAGCUAUUGCUUACAACGCUUAAACUUUGUAGUUUGGACUUCAUUUUUUUUCUGUAAUAACAACUUAUUAAAUCUAGUUGUAUGAAGUA